AUGGGUGAAGGACGCAUCGUCCAUGAACAACACGUAUUCAGCAUUAUACGGCUGCCUGGUGCAACGCAACAGGAACCACUGCCCGAUCUCCACAAGCAGAGCAAAAUCGUGGGCCAGCAGCGCCUGCGUCGUGUGAAGAUGGAAUAUGAUGAAGAUGAUGAAGAUGAUGAUGAAGAUGAUGAAGAUGAUGAAGAUGAUGAUGAAGAUGAUGAUGAAGAUGAUGAUGAAGAUGAUGAUGAAGAUGAUGAUGAAGAUGAUGAUGAAGAUGAUGAUGAAGAUGAUGAUGAAGAUGAUGAUGAAGAUGAUGAAGAUGAUGAUGAAGAUGAUGAUGAAGAUGAUGAUGAAGAUGAUGAAGAUGAUGAAGAUGAUGCUGAAGAUGAUGAUGAAGAUGAUGAAGAUGAUGCUGAAGAUGAUGCUGAAGAUGAUGAUGAAGAUGAUGAUGAAGAUGAUGAUGAAGAUGAUGAAGAUGAUGAAGAUGAUGAAGAUGAUGAAGAUGAUGAUGAUGAAGAUGAUGAUUGA